CGUCCCGCCUUCGGUCCCAAUCGGGCGCGACCGACCCGCGGCACCAGGCGACAUGGCGGGCGACCACCGCCUCCUGCUGGAGAACGCGCGGCAAGUAGUGCUGGUUUGCACCCGCGGCGAGCGCUUCCUGGCGGGGGACGCGGUGCGCAGCCUGGCAGUGCUGGAGGGCGCCAGCCUGGUGGUGGGCACGGAUGGGUUUAUAAAAGCCGUUGGUCCUGCUGAUACUAUUCAAAAACAGUUUUCUGAAGAAACGUUUGAAGAAAGAAUUGACUGUUCUGAGAAAUGCAUCUUGCCAGGUUUGGUGGAUGCACACACACAUCCAGUAUGGGCUGGUGACAGAGUUCACGAGUUUGCAAUGAAGUUGGCAGGAGCCACAUACAUGGAUAUUCACCAGGCUGGAGGAGGGAUCAACUUCACGGUGGAGCGCACGCGCCAAGCCUCGGAGGAGGAGCUGUUCAGCUCCUUCCAGCAGCGGCUGCAGUGCAUGAAGAGGGCGGGGACCACGCUGGUGGAGUGCAAGAGCGGAUAUGGCCUCAACCUGGAGACCGAGCUCAAGAUGCUGCGUGUGAUUGAGCGCGCCCGGCGGGAGCUGGACGUCGGCAUCUCGGCCACUUACUGCGGGGCUCACUCGGUGCCAAAAGGAAAAACUGCUACUGAAGCUGCUGAUGACAUAAUCAACAACCACCUGCCAAAGCUGAAGGAACUUGGCAGAAAUGGGCAAAUUCAUGUUGACAACAUAGAUGUGUUCUGUGAGAAGGGUGUCUUUGAUCUUGACUCCACCAGACGGAUUCUUCAAGCUGGAAAAGAUACAGGGCUACAGAUUAACUUCCAUGGGGAUGAGCUCCACCCAAUGAAGGCUGCUGAGCUUGGGGCUGAACUGGGAGCCCGGGCAAUCAGUCACCUGGAAGAAGUGAGCGAUGAAGGCAUUGCUGCCAUGGCAACGGCCAGAUGCUCUGCUGUCCUUCUGCCCACCACGGCCUACAUGCUGAGACUGAAGCAACCUCGAGCCAGGAAGAUGUUAGAUGAAGGGGUCAUAGUUGCUCUGGGCAGUGAUUUCAACCCUAACGCCUAUUGCUUUUCAAUGCCAAUGGUCAUGCAUCUGGCCUGUGUAAACAUGAGAAUGUCCAUGCCUGAGGCCUUGGCUGCUGCCACCAUCAAUGCAGCUUACGCACUGGGAAAAUCGCACACACAUGGAUCAUUGGAAGUUGGCAAACAGGGAGAUCUCAUUAUCAUUAAUUCAUCCAGAUGGGAGCAUUUGAUUUACCAGUUUGGAGGCCAUCAUGAAUUAAUCGAAUAUGUUAUAGCUAAAGGAAAAGUCAUCUAUAAAAAAUGAUAGAUCUGAAAGAAAAGAUUCUUCAAUUGUAUAAAAUAAUACAAUUAUAUUAAAAGUUAAAAUACCUUAGUCGUUUAUCAGAAUGGUGUCACUUAAACCUAAAUGUAUUUCAGUGUUUUGUUAAUCCACUUGUAAAAUGCAAGGGAUUGACUUAUUUUAAUGUGCACCUGGACAUAUAAACAGGUAAACCAAUUGUGAUGAUAAUCUCAAAACAUUAAAUUAUUUCAAAAAGAUUUGUCACAAAUAUUCUGACGAUUAUUUUAAUGGAAUAUCACAAAAAUGCCUCUGUGGGGGAAAGCAGAUUGGCAAUUAGGUAAAUGUAUUUUGAAAUUCCCAUUUUAUUUGUUUUUCAAAUUUCAGUGUUUAGACUACAUGUAUUGAAAAUUGAGGGAGGGAGGGAAAACCAAGUGAUAUGCCCCAAAUUAAGUUCAAUUGUAACCUUCUAUAAUAAGCAAAUAGAUUUUCCUAUCCCCACAGUGUGUCUUUCUAGAUGCUCUUCAAAUACAUUAGUGCCCCCUGACGGAGGGUGUUCUUCCAUUUCUAAUUUCUUCUCAACCCUUGCUCAAAACAGCCUUCACAGCAGAGUUCAAGAUCUGUCAUUUUGUACACGGGUACCCGGGCCUUCCUGUGAUGGAUGCAUUUUGUCCCAAUACAAUAAUAUAAUUUUUAAAAAUUGUUUUUAAGUUUUUACAAAGGUAUAGAAAACAUUUUAUAAUUCCCAGUAAAUAUUUGCUGCUAUUAUUAUUGUUGCCGUCUCCUUACAGCCCUGGAAGUAGAUCAGUGGUCUUGUCUAUUAGAGCCUCUUAGGAAAUAAACAAAUUACUUGUGAA